GGUUGUCCCCCUCUACACUCCACUCUUCCGUUCACUCCGGCACCGGGACUCUCUCUCUCUCUUCUCUCGAUUGGCAGCCAUCUCCGGCUUCAUUCAAACUCUACUUUUCACGCAAUCAAGUGACUCUUCACUCAAAGACUCCAAAAAUGCGGCCCAAAGUAGAGAAAGAACCUGCCAAAGUCAUUGAAGUUGAUAUCAGCGACGGUGAAGCCAAUGACGGAGUCGGAGCAACACCAACCAACAACAAAACGGCGUCGCAAUCCGUUGCACUCACGCCGGUCUCAUCCAACAAAAACCUCGUCUCUCAAAGUUUCUGGAAAGCCGGGGCCUACGAUGUGGGUCCCACCACAAGACCCCCUUUAGACCACGGUCAAUUGGAGCACGCCCGAGUUCACCCGAAGUUUCUUCAUUCUAAUGCCACUUCUCAUAAAUGGGCUUUUGGUGCAAUUGCUGAGCUCUUGGAUAAUGCUGUUGAUGAGAUUCACAAUGGUGCGACUUUUGUGAAGGUUGAUAAAAUUGAUAUUAUGAAGGAUAACUCUCCAGCUUUGCUUUUCCAAGAUGAUGGUGGUGGAAUGGACCCCGCACGUAUUCGGAAAUGCAUGAGCUUGGGUUAUUCUUCUAAGAAGUCAAAUACAACAAUCGGACAGUAUGGUAAUGGAUUCAAGACUAGUACCAUGCGACUUGGUGCUGAUGUUAUCGUUCUCAGUCGUGCAACUAGUGCAAGUCGAGCAACUCAGAGUGUUGGUUUAUUAUCCUAUACCUUUUUGCGGAGAACUGGGCAGGAUGACGUAAUUGUUCCAAUGAUAGAUUAUGAUGUUUCUGGAAAUUGGGCUGAACCAAUUAUAUAUGGCUCCCAAGAUGAUUGGUCUGCUAACUUGAAAAUCAUCCUCGAAUGGUCUCCCUUUCCAUCAAAGGAGGAGCUCAUGCUUCAGUUUGAGGAUAUCGGACCACAUGGAACAAAAAUAAUAAUAUACAAUUUGUGGCUGAAUGAUGAAGGCAUUUAUGAAUUGAGUUUUGAUGAUGACGAUGAGGAUAUAAGGCUGCGAGAUGAAGCCAGCCGUGGAAGCCUGACAAAAUUAAACAAAAAAGCAGUGGAGCUUCAAUCCCAUAUAUCUUACCGCAUCCGUUAUUCCUUAAGGGAUUACGUUUCCAUUUUGUACCUAAGAAAAUUUAAAAACUUCAGUAUUGUAUUAAGGGGGAAACCUGUGCAUCAGUUAAAUAUUGCUGAUGAGUUGCAACAUUCAAAUGUGGUGAGUUACAAGCCCCAGCUAGGCCUGGGAACAAAAGAGGUUACAGUGGAAACAACUGUUGGAUUUGCAAAGGAGUUUCCUUCAAUCCCUGUUUGUGGAUUCAAUGUGUACCAUAAAAAUCGCCUCAUCAGGCCUUUCUGGAAAGUCUCUGCUGAUGGUUCUUCAAAAGGGAGCGGUGUUAUUGGAGUUCUUGAAGCAAAUUUUAUAGAGCCAGCACAUGACAAGCAGGAUUUUGAGCGAUCAUCGCUGUUUAUCAGGCUAGAAGCUAGGCUGAAACAGAUACUGAAUGAUUACUGGAAAGGCCACUGUCACCUAAUGGGAUAUCAGCCUCCAAAUUUCAGAUCACAUCAUGCGCAAAAGGAACCCCUUGUUCAACCUCUUAUUGGACUUGCUGCUAAUGUGGGGCAGGAGGUUGUACAGCCUAUUGUUAGUCUUCCAGCUAACAUAGGGCAGGGUUUGAGUAAUGGACACGCUGGUUCCUAUGAUCAAUUAGCAUCUAUGGAUGGUUCAGCGCCUAUUUCAGUUGAUCAAAUAUGUGAAGAGAACAUACAACUCUUCAUGAGGUGUGAGGAACACAUGCAGAAGGAGAAUGAAUUGAAACAGACGAUCGAGGGCUUGGAGAAGGAGUUGAAGGAAGCCAAAAUGAAGCGUGAUCAACUUUCUUUGUACCUGGAGACUAGGAAGAAGCAAAAGAUUGUAGACCCACAAACUGGAGAAGUUUGAGAAAUUACUUUCUGAAGCACUGAGCGCACUAUAAAAAUACCUUACUAACAGCCUCCCCUGAAUAUUGUUACGUUGCCUACGUAGUUUAUCAGAUUAUGUACAGUAUACUUUUUCAUGUGUAAAUAGUCAAGUCUUAAGAAUGAACUAGGAAACCAUUUUUUGUGAUGUGGCUAGCUUCUUUGAGAUUAGGCUUACUUGAUCGAAUUGUAAAGUUUAUUUCUGUUGUCUGCUCUUUCAUAUGGGCACAGGAUUGGUGCAUGAAAUACAUGUGGUUUGUAGUGGGGUCUGUAUAAUUUGUAGUAAUGAAAUUGCACGGUAGGAUAAUUUUGACCCUGCGACU